AUAAGUAUCUUCUUCCUUAUUGUUCUGCAAACAGUUCACCCACAAGACAAGAGUAUAAUCAAGUGGGUUUUAAAAUGUUUCUGAAACUAGUUUACUUUUUGAUGUGUUUGAUACUGGCAUCAGCCGCACCAUCCAGUAUCAAAAUUGUCAACGGAACGGAUGCCUCGAUUGAAGAUUACCCGUUCAUGAUUUCGCUGCGAUCCACAUACGGGGGCCACACAUGUGGUGGAAGCAUUCUCACCCAGAAUUGGAUUCUGACUGCCGCUCAUUGCGUUCACGAAACUUUAACCCCCGCCCAAUACACGAUCCAAGUCGGGCGAACGGAAAUAUCCAGACCUGUAGACGAAUCGGUGUACGAGAUAGAGUCGGUGAUCAUCCAUCCGGGCUACGACAUCUACAAUAGCUUCGUUAACGAUAUCGCCGUGUUCAAGCUCAGACGGCCACUGGAGUUCAGUGAAACUGUGCAACCAGUGCAAUUGCCGCCGCCCUGUUUUGAAGUACAGCAAACCGAUCCGGAAGUGACGCUGAUAGGGUGGGGCUUGAAUGAGAAUGAAAUUGCUCAAACCGUUUUGCAACAGGUGGAAUACUACGUGGUGCCGAACGACGAGUGCGAUCGAAUUCAUGCGGACACAAUUUUCCCGCAACAGAUUUGUGCCGCAUAUCCUGGAGGUGGCCGAGGGCAAUGUAAUGGUGACUCCGGUGGACCAUUGUUGCACAAAGGGGUCCAAAUCGGCAUUGUGUCGUGGAGCAUCAAGCCGUGUACGAUAGCACCAUAUCCCGGAGUGCUGACCAAAGUAUCUCACUUUAUUGAAUUCAUUUAUCAGAAUACAGAUCUCGAUGCUACACACUCCAGUUUUGCGGAAUGUGACUAGAAUAAACAAUAUUAAAUCUACAAACGAAAGAAA